UAGCCUUGCAUUUGAACACUGUGAAGGACUCAUGAACUGACUCGUGAGCCUUGAACUGAUGAAUAAAGUUGUUUUGUACGGUAGGAGUGACUGUUGUGAACUUGACUCCUGAUAUCAAACUCAGUCAGUCAGCUCAAGAUCAGGCAGCCAGGAAAUUGUCAAGAAGACACAGGGCAGACACUCGCCGCUCUGUUUUUUUAUGUCUUACAAAAAUGAAACUCCCUGCAACCCUUUCAAACGCCUCCGUCUUAGUUUUGGUGUGAAAGGUACAAGGAGGGAAAUGGGACUAGGGCUACUGCUGAACAUUUUAAUGUUCAACUUCAUGGAAUUUGCCAAAAGCAACGGUGAAAACGAUGUUGACCACCAAUUGACAGAUAACUUGGUGGUGACUAGACCUUGUCAGGCCGCUUGUGUCACCUGCUCAACCAAUAGCGGCUGUUUGCUGUGUAAGCCCCGCCUCUUCCUCUACAUUCAGCUGGAUGGGAUGAGGCAGAGGGGGCUAUGCCUGUCUUCUUGUCCUCGUACAUACUAUGGCGUGCUCUCACCACCCACACACACCUGCUUAAGGUGUCUGGAGGUCUGUGACCACUGCUUCAGCAGACAUUUCUGCACACGCUGUCGUUCCGGCCUCUUCCUGUUCCAUGGCAGAUGUGAAAACAGCUGUCCAGGCGGUCUGACACCAAAUAACGUGUUGCGAGAAUGCACCACUGGCGCGACAAGUACAUAGCCCAAGUAUUUGUGCAUGCAUAUUUGUACCUAUCAAGUUAAACAUCCUGUUACCUGUCCUCCAAAUGCCUCGUGGCACAUAGGGCCUUCAAGUUAAACAUCAUGCAAAUAAAACAGAUUAAGUAUGUUUCAUUCCGUCUCAAAGUAUCCUAGCUGUCUCUAAUGGGAUUUGUUUCGGAGAUAAAAGUGAUAUUUGAAUUUCAGAGCUGAUCCCUCAAAGCUGUCCAAAGGUCAAUCUUAUAGGGAAUGUGCCUCCUCAUCCAAAAGAUUGACACCAGACCCUUCUGUCCCAUUUUAACCACUAUAAAUAAACUAUUGCAAUAUUAUCUUUAA